CUUUUGCAAAUGAGAAUUCUGCCAUUGCUCAUUCAGUGUGUGUGUGUGUGUCUCUCUCUCUCUUUUUUUAGACAGGAUAGCAGGUCUCCCAUCUUAAUUUUGUCAGGUGUUCUUUAAAUUAAGAAUCCAGGUGCCAUACAGAGAGGGAGAUGGGAUUAUAGACUUCUAAAUGUCCAUCACAAAUACAGUUUCAAAAAAUAUAUACAGGCUGGCUGUUCAUGGACAUGGACCUUUGUCUACAAUCACUCCUGUUGUUCUGUGUCUGCAGACAAGGACUAACUCAGAAUGGAGAGGUGUCAAAUGAUGCUCCAAUCCCACUGGUCCCUCUCAUCCCAUUGAUGCCCAGCCACCCUAAAGAGGAAUCAGGUACUUCUGCCCCCGGUACACAGGAGCCUCCAAACACAAGUCCCACCACCCCUCCUCCCUUUGUGACGACUAGUGCCCCGGACGGGGGCUCGUCUGAGGAGGAUAAUCAGCAGCAGGAUGGGGGUUGUAGGGCCCAGGCCCGCAGGCCAAAAUCCAGGCAGGCCUUAGCUGGCGCCAUCCAGAGACUGGGCAUGAAGCUGUUGGGCCAGAUGAAGACAGGACCUGAGCAGCCCAAUGUCAUAAUAUCCCCCCUCAGCAUAUCCCUGGCACUCUCCCAGCUGGCUCUGGGAGCCAUGAAUGAGACAGAGGAGCUGUUGAUGCACCAUCUCCAUGGUGACACUCUGCCCUGCUACCACAUGUCUCUACACAACUUCCUGGAACGCCUCCGCAAGAGCAACCUGCAAGUGGCCACACGCCUCUACCUGCAACCAGGGUUUGAGCCCAAACCAGAGUUUGUUCAUCAGUCUCAGGAUGUAUAUGACUCAGAGCCAGUGACCUUGGAAGGGCUGGCUGAGGUCAACGAGUGGGUAGAGAGGGCCACUAAUGGAAAAGUGACCGACUUCCUGACCAGUCUGCCACCCAAUCUGCUUCUCAUGCUCAUCAAUGCUGUCCACUUCAAAGGAGAAUGGAAGGCUCGUUUCGACCCACGAUUUACCUCCAAAGAUGUCUUCUACGUUGACGACAAGCACAUGGUCAACGUUGACAUGAUGAUGGGGCCCAAAUACCCCUUGAGUCUGCUCAUUGAUAAUGAUCUGGAGGCUCAGGUGGCUCACUUCCCCUUCACCAAUCAGAUGAGCCUGCUGAUAGUGAUGCCCAUGAAUGGCCAGGUGAACGUGUCAGCCCUCGCAGCAAAGCUCAACAUCUCUCACCUGUACAACCGCCUGCCCAGAGAGAGAUCCAUGCAGGUCAAACUGCCCAAAUUCAAACUGGACUACAGCCAGGACCUGCAGGAGGCUCUGACCAACAUUGGUAUGGGGGAGUUGUUUGCUCGUCCCAACCUGGCAGCCAUAGCUGAGGGCCCUCUGCUGGUGUCCAGUGUACAGCACAAGUCCAGUAUGGAGAUCUCUGAGGAGGGAGCAGAGGCUGCUGCAGCUACCAGCCUGGUCAUCUUACGGUCCAACCCCUUUUUUAGUCUCAACCAGCCCUUCUUCUUUGCCCUCAUGGACGAUAAGACACAAGCACCAGUCUUCCUGGGCGUCAUCACCAACCCUAACCCUGGAGCUCCUGCUAUGCAGAGUAGUGGAGGGUCUGCCAACCUAGAUAAAGUACACUUCCCCAUUGAUGACAAGAAUGACAAACAUUAUAGUCACUCUUUUGGUGGACCACCCAAGUAAGCUGAAACCUCAUUCAAUGAGGGGAGAUUGAGACCAUUAUCUAUUGACCUUGAACUGCACUGCUGUCUGUCAGAGAGGAAGCAAAUCCAGAUGAGCAACUCAGAUGCAUGACAACAGCCCAAGUUAUCCAAAUGGGCAGCUGGAUUGACAGUUUUUCUAAAUGUGACAAAAAAAACAAAAAAACAUUUGUAUUUUGUUUUAUUUCAAAUACACAACACACUGAGGUGUCCCACAUUCGCUAAUGAAGUUUACUGCUAUUUCUAUCUGAUGUUUAGGAUUAAAUGUAUCAUGAAAAUGCAAUAUUGUGUCCGAAUGUAUUAGGCUACUUGAUAAGACAUUAAACGUCAAAAUCCUA